AUGUCCGCCGACCUCCACACCGGAAAGACCCCCGCCUCGCGCUCGUCCGCCGCUCAGCAAGGCCACACCAAAGGCGGACUGUCGAUGCACAUCAAGGACGGGUACGCCCUCGCUGCUGGGACCAAGUUGUCCCCCGAGGAGUACUUCAAGCGCAAGGUCGCGCUCUUGACUGGUAUCACCGGUCAGGACGGCUCGUACCUCACCGAGUUGCUCCUCGAGAAGGGCUACGAGGUUCACGGCAUUAUCCGUCGCUCGUCGUCGUUCAACACGGGACGCAUUGAGCACCUGUACAAGGAUGUUCACGAGCGCCCCAAGAUGGUUCUCCACUACGGCGACUUGACCGACACGACCAACCUCGUCUCGAUCAUCUCGUCCGUCCAGCCGACCGAGAUCUACAACCUCGCCGCCCAGUCGCACGUCAAGGUCUCGUUCGACAUGGCCGAGUACACUGGCGACGUCGACGGACUCGGAACGCUCCGUCUUCUUGACGCGAUCCGCACUUGCGGCUUGACCAACCAUGUCCGCUUCUACCAGGCCUCGACCUCUGAGCUUUACGGCAAGGUUGUCGAGACCCCUCAGACCGAGACGACCCCCUUCUACCCCCGCUCUCCCUACGGCGUCGCAAAGCUCUACGGUUUCUGGAUCGUCAAGAACUACCGCGAGUCGUACGGCAUGCACGCCUCGAACGGCAUCCUCUUCAACCACGAGUCGCCCCGUCGUGGACGGACGUUCGUCACGCGCAAGAUCUCCCGCGCGGUCGCCGAGAUCUCGCUGGGACAGCAGGACUGCCUCUACCUCGGCAACCUCGAUGCCAAGCGCGACUGGGGCCACGCGCGCGACUACGUCGAAGGCAUGUGGCGCAUGUUGCAGCAAGACCAGCCGGACGACUAUGUCCUCGCAACCGGCGAGACGCACCCCGUCCGCGAGUUUGUCGAGAAGGCGUUCGCGAUUGUGGGCACGAGCAUCGAGUGGGAGGGAGAGAGGGAUACGGUUAAUGAGGUUGGGAAGUGCAAGCAGACGGGUAAGGUGCUCGUGAGGGUUGAUGAGCGCUACUUCCGUCCCGCCGAGGUCGACCUCCUCCACGGCAACCCCGCCAAGGCCGAAGCUACUCUCGGCUGGAAGCGCAAGUGCUCGUUCGACGAGCUCGUCAAGGAGAUGGUCGAGGCCGACGUCGAGGGUGCCAAGCGCGCCAACCACGACUAA